UACUAGUCAUUGUAGGUCCAUUUAAAUUGGUACAGCUGUAUUACAUAUAAAACUUAUUAGUAUAUAUAAUUAUUUAAACUAUCAGCUAUUGGUACUUCAGUGUGUAUUAGUGACCAAUGCUGAUAGGUACUUUGUGUUAAUUAGUCUUCUCAGGGUGUCCCAAACAUCUGAAUAGGGUUUUCUUUUAUUAUAUGGAAUAAAGAUGGAAAAGAGCCCAAACCUUUUUUUCUUUGGCGUCAUCUGAUGUCAGUAGUUUUUAAAAUUGUUCCAAUAAUCAAAGUACUAAAUAAAGGAGGAAAUCAUCUAGGCAUGUAACAACAUAGUGUAACAUUCUUGGAUUCAUUGUAUGCACAAUUGUUUUUAUUUAUUUUUUCCACUUUUUUGACUUUGUGCUCCUUGUACAAACCCAACCCCUCAUUAACUGCCAUAGUAGACUUUUGACAAAAGGCUUGGGGGAAGGUCACCUAGUCAAGGGCCAUUAGCACUCCAAUGAUCCUGCAGCUCUGUUCUCCUCUCACCCUGCAAACGACCAGUCAUAUGUGGUCUGCCUCCUCGGUCUCACUUUGCCUCACUGCAGCUAAAAUCACUGGAUUCCUAUUCUUUAGCAUUUUUAUUUUUUUUACAAGUAUAGUCCGUAUGGCAGAGAACAAGCCUUACCGUUACGGGCUUAUCGUCCUGGGGCUGGGGCUGGUGGCACUUGGAGUCUUCUUGGUGGCUGUGGAGGAACCUCAGGUGUUUGUCACUUUCUGUACGAUGGGGGCGCUGAUGGUGAGCAUCGGGACAGUUUGGAGCAUGUGUCAGUGCUACCCACGGGUAACGUUCAUCCUGCCAGAAUCGGAAGUGUUAAAAGGCAUUGAGAAACAGGAGCUGUGUGCGGAAGUCAAGGUCCUCCAGGUCAGUGACAGCCUGGGUGAACCCGUCAGGGCUCCUCUAGCAGUUUUCAGUCAAUUAGACGACGUUGAAAAGGAUGAAACCCUGCCACUAGCAGAGACAGAAAAAUCUCCUGAAGUUCCCAGCAUCCCCCAGAGCUCUCCCAGCACCCCCCAGAGCUCUCCCAGCAUCCCCAAGAGCUCUCCCAGCAUCCCCAAGAGCUCUCCCAGCAUCCCCAAGAGCUCUCCCAGCAUCCCCCAGAGCUCUCCCAGCACCCCCCAGGCCUGCCCAAGUGCCUCUCUUUCAGACACCAGAGCUGCGCAUCCUGAUAUGGAACUCUACUAUGGGGAGGUGGGAAGCGAUCCCAACUAUCUAAAAACGGAGCUGGACAGUGAAUAA